UGAGCUGUUCAUCCAACAGAAGGCUCCAGAACAUAUCAGGGAGAGGCGGGAAGACACAGAGCUCGAGCACAUUCAGCACAAGAGGCGGGAGAUUAAGUGUUUCCGCGAGAGCCAAAGCGCAAACCUGAGCACCACGCGCUGCACUUUCAAACCGACCUGCGCUGCUCGCUAGCUGCUCCCCCCUCCGCCGUCCGCUCCUCUAUCAGACCCACGGGACUUCACUGGUUCAUCCCUAACCGGACAGGCUCAGCUCAUCCGACCGGGAGACCGGGCGAAGCCAGGAGUAGGGGGACACUGAGGUGGAGGGGGGACAUGCUUGCUCAGCAACCCAGCAGAGUUUCUCCGAGGUGGGCCAAGCUGUGACAGAGGGCCUCUCUGGUGAGCCAACCCGCAACCCUGACCGCUCCAGCAGGCCUCACUCCCAGUCCUAACUACUGUGUGUGCCAGGACCAGGCCACCUCCAGCCCAGGCCAGACCACGUCUACCCCAGGCCAGCCCAGAGUGGGUCAGCCCCAGCCCAACCCACCUCUUCCCCAGCCCAGUAGCGGCCCAGGCCCAGGCUCCAGAAGCAUGGCCUUCACCCUGUCAGAGAUCAUGGCUGCACGGCGGCAGCAGCAGUCCCAGGCCCAGCGGGCGGCAGGCAGGGUGGCCGUGGAGGUGGAUGAAUACAGCACCAACCCCACCCAGGCCUUCACCUUCUACAACAUCAACCAGGGACGCUUCCAGCCCCCGCACGUACACAUGGUGGACCCCCUGCCCCAUGACACUCCCAAGCCGCCAGGUUACACCCGUUUUGUGUGUAUCUCAGACACCCACUCCCGUACGGACGCCAUUCAGAUGCCUUACGGUGACGUGUUCAUCCAUGCUGGAGACUUCACAGAGCUGGGCUUGCCCUCUGAGGUCAAGAAGUUCAACGAUUGGCUAGGCACCUUGCCCUACGACAUAAAGAUAGUGAUUGCGGGGAACCAUGAGUUGACCUUUGACCAGGAGUUCAUGGCUGACCUGAUCAAGCAGGACUUCUACUACUUCCCAUCAGCCUCCAAGUUGAAACCAGAGAACUAUGAGAACGUCCAGUCCCUGCUCACCAACUGUAUCUACCUGCAGGACUCAGAGGUCACCGUACGCGGCUUCCGCAUCUAUGGCUCCCCCUGGCAGCCAUGGUACUAUGGCUGGGGGUUCAACCUGCCAAGAGGUCAGGCUCUGCUGGACAAGUGGAACCAGAUCCCCGACUCCACCGACAUACUGGUCACACACUGCCCCCCACUGGGGUUCCUGGACUGGGUUCCUAAGAAGAUGCAGCGGGUGGGCUGUAUGGAGCUGCUCAACACUGUCCAGAGGAGAGUACAGCCCAAGCUGCACGUGUUCGGACACAUCCACGAAGGUUAUGGUAUGAUGACUGACGGCACCACCACGUUCGUCAACGCCUCGGCCUGCACCGUCAACUUCCAGCCCAUGAACCCGCCCAUCGUCUUCGACCUGCCCAAUCCCACCAGGACCACAUGACUAGAGAAGCCCCGCCCUGCUGAGCCCCCCUCCAAUCAGGAGCCUGGUGGUGGGAAGGCAGGUAGGUGAGGGUGAAGGGCAGGUGUGGUGGUGUACUGUAUAUAUUCAAGGCUCUAAUGGAUGGUGUGUGUGUGUGUGUGUGUGUGUGUGUGUGUGUGUGUGUGUGUGUGUGUGUGUGUGUGUGUGUGUGUGUGUGUGUGUGUGUGUGUGUGUGUGUGUGUGUGUGUGUGUGGCACAACACACACACAUGCCCAAGAGAUGGACGAUGUGUGUGUCUAAAUAGACAGGCGCCAUUGCAAAUCCUCACUUAGCAAAUCCAUUCAUGUUAUUUUAUGUACUGUCAUUCCUUUAUUUCAACAAAAGCUCUUACAAACUCUAAAGUAAGGCAAAAGACAGACCCCAGAUGCCUCAUAUGAACAUGUCAGCAUUAGUCUGUAAAUCUUCUGUUGCACUUCUACUGCACUGACAAUCUGACCUGGCUGUCAGAUAGAGAAGAGGACAGGGGGAACAGUGUCUCCUGUGUCACUGUUUGAACUCACAGUCUUUCUCUCAGAAGAAAACACUGGAUAACUCUCAUUCCCUCUUGUCCCUCAUAGAGGACUCUGUUAAGUCACCAGUGGAAGUUGCUCAGUGGUGACGUUUUGACUUUGUGACAUUGUGGUCCACCCUUCAUUUGAUACCUUCCCUGGGGAGUGAUUGAACACUUACCAGUAGGGUAUCAGAACAUUAACCCAAUGUCCAUUUUUGACUUUGUGGAGCCGUUUGCCAGCACAGAAAGGAUACCCCUGACAGUACUUUGAUAUCACACUUCCUGCACUGCAGAUUAAAACACUGCUUUCCCCUCAUCCCUUUUUCUCUUGAUCCCUCUUUUUCUCUGCACCUCUAGUUUCACUCUCCACCCCCCCCUCUCUCUCUCUCUCUCUCUCUCUCUCUCUCUCUCUCUCUCUCUCUCUCUCUCUCUCUUUCUCUCAGGCCUUGGGCAUGGUAGUUUGUGUGUGUGUGAGAUCAAAGUGUGUGUGAGGGCAGCGGGAGGUCUCUGCCACGGGCUGUGUGUGAGUAUAGGUGUCAAACGUGUUGACACCACUCCCCUGGGUCUCAUUACAACUCUCAGUAAGCCUCUUAACCAGGGGAGUGGGAUCUCUUCUCUUCCUCUCUUCCCUUCUUCUGUUUUUCCCCCUCUCUCCUUCUUCCCCCCUCCAUCCUUCGUUGCAUGUGUAAUCAGCUCAUCCUCUGAUCUCUGGCUCAUGUGCCGUGAUCCUGACAAGUUUAUUUCCGAGGUCACCGGCCGGGAAGCCUGCAAGAUUUUGAUUCCGAGUACGGAAUACUGGAAAUACGUAAUAACCAACAGAGCAGAUUGGCAAAUGUGUUCGCUCCCGACCCUGUACAGAAGCAGCGGUGUCUGGAAUGUUCUCACUGCUCCAUGGUGUCCUUUCUGCGAGAGAUGUAUCAUGGGAAUGAACGUUGAACUCUUAGUGGAUGACGAUGAGGUGUAGGCCUAAUGUACCGUAACUGAUCAAGAAUUUGGAACUGUAAAUCUACAUCAACUGUCAUUGUAAAAACAUGUUAGCAAUCAAGGAUUACUUCAAAUGUUGUUAAAUAUGUGUGUGUGUUGUUAAAAAAAGAGCCAGUGCAAACAAUGUUUACAUUUUAUUCUAAGUUCAGUUCUUUCUUAUAUAGGCUAAUAAAUGCUUAUUACUGUAUGAAUAUAUCUGCACUAUGUUACACUCUAAAAAAUGCUGGUUGUUUGGUUGACUCAACUGCUGAGUUGUUUUCUUUAAAAACAGCAGAGUUAUUGAUGCUGGGUUAUUGGUGCAGGGUUAAUGAUGCUGGGUUAUUGAUGCUGGGUUAUUGAGAUAUGACCCAGCAGGUCAGGUCAGAAGACUGGAGGUGUAGUUUAGUAGGGGCAUGGCUUUCAGAUAGUUAUUUUUAACCACCCAUGCGAGUAAAUGUCAUUCGUAUUCAUCUGUUCUGUUGCAUAGUUAUGACAUAUUAAGGUCAAACAUUUAACAUUUUGUAGCUUCAACGACACUUACAGAAGUGUAUAAGUUCCCUAAAACCUACGUAAAUCCCAUUGUUGGGACACAAGGCCAGGUCGCAGUUGCAAAUGAGAACUUGUUCUCAACUAGCCUACCUGGUUAAAUAAAGGUGAAAAAAAGGUGGUAUACCUUAUUAGGCUGUAAGAUGGUAUACCUUAUAAUAAAUCAUCUUAACAUUACAAAAGAAUGUGUGAAAAACAUGUUAUUGACAUUUAAAUUUGCAGUAUGUAUGUUUAAAAUUAUGUACAGGAAUGACAUUUACUCUCACGGGUGGCCAAUAAGAUCUAGCUGAAAACCACGCCCCUAAUAAACCACGCCUCCUGAAAAUAACCUAAGGGUUACGUUAAAAAAGACCCAGAUGCUAGGUUAACCCAGCAUGAGAGUAAAAAAUACCCAACUGAUGGUUACAUUAACCCAUGUUUGGGUAAUCCCAACAACCCAACAUGUUGGGUCAUUCAUGCAACCCAACUGGCUUUGCCAAAAUAACCCAACAUGUGUUCUGGCCACUAUUUAAACAGCUCUAAAUUAAAUAUAAUUUUUUUGAGUGCACGGGGUUAUCCACAACCCUAUUAGCUAUUAUUAACUCUUUCAUGUUGUCAAGCAGUUGUCUGCGUAAAAAGGGUUAAUUUUUUUAUCUUUCUGAAGCACUUGUGAAUGAGCGUCCUUCCUCUGCUCGUCUGGCAGCCAAAGUCUUUGGCUGAGCUCAAAGUGUGGUUAGCAUAACAAGACUACAUCCCUGUUUGAUCUCUCUGCUCUCAGACAUUAUAUAUGAACAUCCCCUCUGGCUACGUUUUAUUCACAGGGUCACUGGUGUUUCACUGCUGUUCUGCACAUUGUGCUAGCUGGGUUAUGUCUUAAUGGGGCAGACUAGUGGGCUGUUGUAGGAAUACAAAGACUAGGAUAGAAUGUUUACAGAUAGGUGUGUGUGAAUACUGUAUGUGUGUGUGUAUGUGUGCGUGUGGAUAGGGCCAGGGGGUAAGCAUUCUGAGAACAUGCUUAAACGAGGGGGGGAGUCAGUGUCUGUAUCAUCUUCUUUUCUUUUAAAGGUUUCUGUAGGGGGAAAUGUCUGUUUGUUUUGGGGCAUUUCUUACUAUUCUCUUUCAACCAUAACUUUGAAAUGUCUCACUUUUUAUGCACUGUUCCUCGAUAGCUGUAUUCUGUAUUUCCUGUUUUCUUUGAAAACUCAAGUUUUGCUGUUGUAUUUCUUGUUCGUUCCUUGGGGCAUGCUGUUCUGAAUCUAAUAACUUCUGAUGACAAUCUGCUUGAAUUGUAUAUCAUUGUUACCAUUGUUUGGGAUAUACUAACUAUUGGGAUUGUCACGACUUCUACCGAAGUCGUUGCCUCUCCGUGUUCGGGCGGUGCUCGGCGUUCGACGUCACCGGUCUUCUAGCCAUCAUUGAUCCUUUUUUCAUGACAAUGUGAUCCAAUACGGAGCUGAUAACGUCAAGCUCCCUCGCUUGUUCCUGAACGCGUUCCUCCAGCUCCAUGGGCAUAGUGUCCUCUCCUGCUGACUUCAUAUUAGGGUCAGAGAUUCUGUCAUGCAUAGGUGUAAUAGGUGGCAGGGAAGUCAGGCGCAGGAGAGUCAAAUGGAGUGUAAAAUGGA